AUGUCUCUCCGUCGCUUCUCGAGGGUCUCCGGCUUUGCUGGUGGGGGCGCCGUGAUGGACACAUCCGGGGCUGUGGAAGGCGGCAGAGAACUGUUCGAGGCCUGUCGAAACGGAGAUGUGGAGCGAGUGAAAAAGCUCGUCAAUCCGGAUAACGUUAAUAGCCGCGACACAGCGGGCAGAAAAUCCACCCCUCUCCACUUUGCUGCAGGCUUUGGUCGCAGGGAGGUGGUGGAGUUCCUUCUGCAGAGCAGGGCGGACGUGCAUGCCCGUGACGACGGGGGUCUCAUCUCCUUGCACAACGCCUGCUCGUUCGGUCACGGUGAGGUCGUGAGGCUGCUCCUCCAUCACGGGGCGGAUGCCAACUCCAGAGACAACUGGAACUACACCCCGCUCCAUGAGGCUGCCAUCAAGGGCAAGACCGACGUGUGCAUAAUGCUGCUUCAGCAUGGGGCUGACCCGACCAUUAGAAACACAGACGGGAGGACUGCGCUGGACCUGGCUGACCCAUCUACCAAGGCUGUGCUCACAGGUGACUACAGAAAGGAUGAAGUCCUGGAGAGUGCCAGGUGUGGAAAUGAGGAGAAGCUGAUGACGCUGCUAACGCCUCUGAAUGUCAACUGCCAUGCCAGUGAUGGGAGGAAGUCCACUCCGCUGCAUCUGGCUGCAGGCUACAACCGUGUGAAGACAGUCCAGCUGCUGCUUCAGCACGGUGCUGACGUCCACGCUAAAGAUAAAGGUGACCUGGUGCCUCUUCAUAACGCCUGCUCUUACGGACACUAUGAAGUGACAGAGCUGCUAGUAAAGCAUGGGGCCUGUGUAAAUGCUAUGGACUUGUGGCAGUUCACGCCGCUGCACGAGGCCGCCUCUAAGAACCGCGUGGAGGUGUGCUCCCUGCUGGUGAGUCACGGCGCUGACCCCACCUUCCUCAACUGCCACAACAAGAGCGCCAUGGACCUGGCCCCCACCACCCAGCUCAUGGAGCGCUUGGCAUACGAGUUCCGUGGGCACGCCUUGCUGCAGGCGGCUGGGGACGCAGACAUGGCGCGCCUCAAGAAGCACCUCUCCCUGGAGACCGUCAAUUUCAAACACCCCCUGACCCACGAGACUGCCCUGCAUUGUGCGGCAGCGUCACCCUACCCCAAAAGGAAACAGAUCUGUGAACUCCUGCUGAGGAAAGGAGCCGGUGUGAACGACAAGACAAAAGACUUGCUGACUCCUCUCCACCUUGCUGCAGAGAAGUCUCAUAAUGACGUGAUUGAGGUGCUGGUGAAGCAUGAGGCAAAGGUGAAUGCCGUCGAUCCCCUGGGCCAGACGGCUCUGCACCGGGCAGCUCACUGCGGCCAUCUGCAGACAUGUCGACUGUUGCUUAGCGCCGGCUGUGACCCUCUACUGACCUCACUGCAGGGCUUCUCUCCCUCCCAGCUGGGAUCACACAGUGUCCAGGAGGUGCUGCAAGAGGGAGUUUUGGUGAGGAGCUCAGACAUAGACUGGCAGCUUCUGGAAGCUUCUAAGUCAGGAGACCUGGACGUAGUGAAGAGGCUGUGCAUGCUGCAGAAUGUGAACUGCAGGGAUGUGGAGGGCAGGCAGUCCACCCCUCUGCACUUUGCCGCCGGCUACAACAGGGUGGGCGUGGUGGAAUACCUGCUGCAGCACGGGGCCGACGUACACGCCAAGGACAAAGGUGGUCUAGUACCCCUGCACAACGCCUGCUCCUAUGGGCACUACGAGGUGGCCGAGCUGCUGGUCAUCCACGGCGCCGUGGUCAAUGUGGCCGACCUGUGGAAGUUCACGCCGCUGCAUGAGGCCGCCGCCAAGGGCAAAUACGAGAUCUGCAAACUACUGCUGCAGCAUGGUGCAGACCCCAGCAAGAGGAACCGAGACGGGCACACGGCUCUGGACCUGGUGAAGGACAGGGACACGGACAUCCAGGACCUGCUGCGGGGCGACGACGCCCUGCUGGACGCCGCCAAGAAGGGCUGCCUGGCGCGCGUCAAGAAGCUGUGCAGCCCGGCCAACGUCAACUGCAGGGACACACAGGGACGCCACUCCACGCCACUCCACCUUGCUGCGGGCUACAAUAACCUGGAGGUGGCAGAGUAUCUCCUGCUGCAUGGAGCUGACGUGAACUCACAGGACAAAGGAGGCCUGAUACCCCUACACAAUGCUGCCUCAUAUGGGCACGUUGACGUGGCCGCGCUGCUCAUCCGCUACCACGCGUGUGUGAACGCCAGCGACAAGUGGGCCUUCACGGCGCUCCACGAGGCGGCCCAGAAGGGGCGCACGCAGCUGUGCGCGCUCCUGCUCGCCCACGGCGCCGACCCCACGCUCCGCAACCAGGAGGGACAGUCGCCGCUCGAGCUCGUCACGGCGGAUGACGUUCGGGCACUGCUGACUGCCGCGAUGCCCCCGUCGGCACUGCCCGCCUGCUACAAGCCGCAGGUCAUCAGCGUGCCUGCCUCGGUUGCCACCGUGCCCCCUGCCCUCUCCUCCAGUGCCCCUGCAUGCCCAAUGCCCUCCAUCUCAGCCUUGAAUACCCAGGUCUCAGGAUUCCCCGAGCUGCCCUGCCUUCUGGCUCCCUCAGAGGCGGAGGGAGCUGCAUACAUGGAGAAGAAAGAGGAAGACGCUGGAAUGGACCUGAGCAUCAGUCAGUUCCUACACAACUUGGGCCUGGAGCACCUGCUGGAGAUCUUCGACCGGGAGCAGAUCACUCUGGACGUGCUAGUGGAGAUGGGCCACAAGGAGCUGAAGGAGAUCGGCAUCAACGCAUACGGCCACCGACACAAGAUCAUCAAGGCUGUGGAGAGACUGCUGACUGGACCACAGAGUCUAAACCCUUAUCUGACUCUGAACACAGCCAACAGCGGGACCAUCCUCAUAGACCUGGCGGCAGACGACAAAGAAUUCCAGUCAGUGGAGGAAGAGAUGCAGAGCACCAUUCGAGAGCAUAGGGAUGGUGGACAUGCAGGAGGGGUGUUCAGCAGGUACAAGAUAGUGAAGAUCCAGAAGGUGUGUAACAAGAAGCUGUGGGAGCGCUACACCCACCGCAGGAAGGAGGUGUCCGAGGAGAACCACAACCACUCCAACGAGCGCAUGCUCUUCCACGGCUCUCCGUUUGUGAAUGCCAUCAUCCACAAGGGCUUUGACGAGCGGCAUGCAUAUAUCGGGGGCAUGUUUGGUGCGGGCAUCUACUUUGCGGAGAACUCCUCCAAGAGCAACCAGUAUGUUCACGGCAUCGGGGGUGGCACUGGGUGCCCCGUGCACAAGGACAGGUCCUGCUACAUCUGCCAGAGACAUCUCCUAUUCUGUCGGGUGACCCUAGGGAAGUCCUUCCUGCAGUUUAGUGCCAUGAAGAUGGCCCACUCUCCCCCUGGGCAUCACUCGGUCACGGGUAGGCCCAGCGUCAACGGCCUGGCCCUGGCCGAGUACGUCAUCUACAGAGGAGAACAGGCCUAUCCUGAGUACUUAAUCACCUACCAGAUCCUGAAACUAGAGUCAGCGGCAGACUGAAUGUUCUUGAGAUGAG